GGCAAAGAUGAGUUGAAUAUAUAUUUUAUAUCAGGCCAUAGUGAUUUUAUAUACAAUAUUAUAAUAUCAGCAAAUAUGGAAUAAAUAUUAUUAACAUCUCCCAAAUAUUAAACUGAUACAGUUAUACACAACUGCAACGAGAAAUAGGUGACGAUGGGGUUUCCAGUUAUACCACGGCAUUCCACUACCUUAAUGUUAGCAGUCCGCACUCAACUGACCAAUCAGCAAUCAGUACCAUCUGUUGGAUACAAACUGUUGAUGUUACAACGUAGCUCUAAAAUGAAGUUUAUGGUGAGAGCAAUGGCUUUUAUACUGUCUGCGCAUGUAUUUCGGAUUAUUUGGCAGAUAAUUUGAUUUGACUUCUUGUUUAGCCAAACAGAUAUGUCUUUCCUGGGGGAGUAAGCGAGAAUACAGAUUUCUCACCCGAUUGGUUGGAUCUGAUCAGCCACAAAGCACUACCAUUAAAACCAACAAUGACCACAGCACCGUUCUAUGAAUCAUAUGCCAACCAACUACCGCAAAACAGUCUGCCAGCACACAUUGGUUUUAGGAUUUGUGCCAUCCGAGAAACGUUUGAGGAGUCCGGUGUGCUGUUGGUGAGAUUGUUAAAGGAUGGUAAUAAUGCUGGUAGCUUGUCUAUUAGGAAGGUGUUGAGUGAUGAUGAGGUUAAAUCCUGGAGGGGAAAAGUCCAUUCCAAUGCGUCAAUGUUCAUGCAGCUAUGCAGGUCUAGUUGCUUCACUUGAUUUAGUGACGGAUUACUUCUACAAGGUUUAACCCAUUGAGUGUUAGCACUCUCCUCUUGUCGAGUAAAAUAAUCUGGUGUUAGAUAGAGUAAAUGCAAAGUGGCAUAGCCAUGUAGUCCAGCCGGGGGGAAAUUCUUCUAUUUUUAGCGUCUACCAAAUGCUAUUUCAUGCACUUUUAUAGACACAUUUUAUGAUAAUCUGAAAUUUGUAUUUGGUACAAUUUUUUUGUAGUAGAUGAAUGCAUUACAAGGUCACCCCCCUCCCCAGUUUCUCCCAGCUCUGAAAGAAUUACAAAAUUUGUCCUGAAGAAAAGUGGGGGGGCAGACCCCCACCCCUCUCUGUCCACGCCUCUGUCCAUGCAUCUGCAGACCACCUGGCUUACUGUACAAACCCCUUACAUGUUCAGUGAGUUAAAUAAUUGUUUGUAGACAUAUCCAAUGUGUUCCUGAUAUAUGGUCUCUGUACGAGUGGUCCAAUUGGAUUACGCCAGCACACGAUUGUAGACGACGGUUCAACACCAUGUUCUACCUCGCAUUCCUAGAUAGUGAACCAGAAAUGAGCCAUGAUGGAGCAGAGGUUGUCAGCUCUACAGUAAGUUCUUUACCUAGACAAAAAGAUACAUAUAGGUCAGGAUUUACUAAUUUGCACUACAGUGCUGAUCAUGCUUAUUAAUUUAACUUGCAGUUUAAUUUAAUAUCCGAGUGAGAAAAUAAUUUUUCAUUAUAUGUAGUUUUUCUAAUAUUUGGUAUGUGGCACGAAAUUACAAUUUGUUAAUAUUAAUUAACCCAUUGAAUGGCUGUACUUUGCCUUUCACAAAUUCCUGCAUUAGACAGAGCAAAAUACUAAAGUGGGUGCAUUAGGGCACAUUGCCACUUAAAGGGUUAAUUUUCCUGCUGCAAACUAUAAAUAUCGAGUAUUUCAGAGGUUGACCAUCAUUUGUUGAAAUGUUCAUAUCUUUAUUUCUAGUGGAUGAAUCCCGCGGAUGCUCUCGACCUUCGUUUGACAAACAUGCUCAACAUUGCUCCUCCACAGUUUUACGAAAUGUGCAGAUUAUGCAGGUAUGCCAUAACCUGAGUAUCAGGCUCUAUUUUACAAAUAGAGCCUGACACAAAACUUAACCUGAUCGCUUUCCGCCCACAGCAAAGUUUAUAUUUAGUAUCCAAUCAAAAUGUCGCAGGAGAAAUUUAAAUUUCACACAACGACAACAACAAUCUAAUUAUAGCAUAGGCAGCCCACUAAACGGUUGAAUUUAAAUUAAAACUGCAAUGAACUUAUAAAAUUAACAAAAAUAAUCACAAAUUAGCGAAAUAUAUUGCAAAUGUAGCUUAUAUUAAAUCGCCGCCCGAUUGCUCUCUCCUCCGCAGAGGUUUCAGUGACUAACAAUGAGCUUUACAUGGCGCUUGCCGUAUUUAUCAACAAACUGACGUAUAAUUAUAAAGUAUACUUUAUAACUAUACGUCAGUCGAUAGUGCAAUCUGAUGGCGAUUUAAUAUAAGCUACAUUUGCAAUAUAUUUCGCUAAUUUGCGAUUAUUUUCUAAUUUUACUGCAGUUUUAAUUUAAAUUCAGCCGUUUAGUGGGCCGGCUAUAAUUGUAGUUGUGAAUUGUGAUCGUUAUAAAAUAUAUCAACAACAAUAGUAUAAUCUAAUUAGCACCAGCCAAUCAAAUGACAGAUUUAAAAAUCGUUUGUCUAAUCGGCCAAUCAGCGCUCAGUCCAGAUUCUGGACUGAACAACCAGGCAAAAUGCCACUUUUGUGUCAGGCCGUACUUUUCUCCCCUUCGCCCACGAUCAGGCGUGCCUGUGCCCUAAAAAGUACGGCCUGAUACUCAGGUUAGGUAUGCCACUUUUGAUAAACUGCUACAAGGUGGUUUGUGUCUGAACUGGCCUAAAAAAGAUUAAAAAUUACUCUUCGGGAAUUAAUUAGCACUGCUGCUCACAGGCUUUAAAUGCAUUUGAUUGGUUAAUUGGGUUGAAUAAAUGCAACUGAUUGGCUAAUGGUAACAGCAGACAUGCCAACUCUCCCGAUUUUUCUGGAAAACUCCCGUUUUUAUAGCUCGUUUUCAUCUCCUGCACGAUUUUGAAUAUUAUCGUAAAACUCCCGACUUUAUCUUCAGUUCAACAACUUCAACAAUACAUAAUAUUUUCAUCAAUCAUUGCACUUUUUUCACUUUUUCUUCUUCAUAUAAAUUCAUCUGAGUUAACAACAUAUUCGAAUCAAUAGUCUAAAAUUUGAAAUAAAAAUGAAAAAACUAAUUUCUUCAAUUAUUUUCGAAAAUUUUUCUCAGGCAAUCAAAAUAAAAACUGCUUAAAAUUCAAAAUCAGCGCAAAGAUGGAAGACCGCUUAAAAUUCAAAAUCAGCGCAGGGAUCUUGGCCUGCGCCACUAAGGUCAUUGUCAGACCAUACUUCCAAAUCUCCCUCUUUGCUUACUCCCAAAGUUGGCAUGUCUGUUAAACAGUGGUAAAAAAUUGAACCUCAGUCUAUUACUGACAUGCAAGUUUGUAGUACUUCUUACCUUCUGAUGUUCAGGGGCCUUUGCUUGAAACAUCAAACUGUUUUUGUCCAGACACAAACCGCAGCAACCUGGUAGUAAUCUUUAAAGUACAAUGAAUCCACAGUUCUGAUGUUUCUUGUGAUCUCUGUAGGUUUUCAACAGUUGAUGACCUAAAGUCAUUUGUGAUGUCACUUGAGGGAGUGGUUGCCACAGAAACAGUUGCAAUCGAAAGCAGUGACGGAGAUGAUGUUGUAAGUACUCAAUGCUGUCAGUAGAUGGCAGAUACUGAUAGCAUAUACUGCACUUUACUGCUGAGUUGAAUGACCUUCUAAUUUUUCUGGCAAAAAAUUUUACUUUAGUAGUAAAUUGCAAGCAUCGUGGUACUUUAACUUUCUCCAAAUUGUUGAACAUUUCCCUCCACCACAGAAUGGCCCGUAAAUACAUUAAUUUACUACCUUUUAUGUUCUGAUUUUAGUAUUUCUAUCCUGGAGAUGACUUGUACGAAGAAAUAAAACGGGAUACUUACAAGCACUAUGAAAACAUAGUCGACACAAUACCAGCAAAAGACUUAAAACGCCGAUUACCGUUAUUGAAAGUGCCACAAAGCACCCAAGCUUUAUUAGUGGAAACGAAAGACACCACAAAUCGAUUGGCAAUCAAUUUUAAAACCUCAUUUUACAGAAUGAAUUGUACGGCAAAGCUGAAGUACAAUAUGCCAACACCGCUUACACCUUACACAGCGAAAUUAUAGGCUGUAUAUAAUUAUAUACAUUAUUGGCAAUUAAUUUUAGUGGACAAUUUUAAAGUUGUGAUUUAUUUGUAUUCUUGCUUUGAUGUAAAGACAAAAUUAAGUUAUUUCUCAAUGUUGUAGUGUACAAGUUACUUAAUUUAAUUAACAUGGCCAGGAAACAAUGUUUCUUGGUUUAUCCACCUUUGGGAAACAUGGUUAGGAAACAAUUAAUGUUUUCUGAUAUGACCGCCUUUAAAGCCACAAGGAUAUAGGAAACAAUGUUCCCUGGUUUGUCCACCUUUGGGAGCAUUGCUAGGAAUCAAUGAUUCCUGGUUUGCCCACCUUUGGGGAGAGAUGGUUAUAGGAAACAAUGUUCCCUGGUUUGCUCACUUUCGGGAAAUAUGGCUAGGAAAUAACACUUCCUGGCUUGCCAACUUUCGGGAAACAUGGCCAGUUUGGGCAAGGCAGACAUUGUUUCCUAGGCCCAUGUACUUUACGUUGUACGUACCAAGUACAUAUUACAUAACACCUGAGUCCCUAUUAUAUCCAUACAUGUCUCCUACCCUUCCAUAACCCUCCAUAGUUUAACAGUGCCAUCAUCUGAAGUAGAAGCAAGAAUGCUUUGUGUUGGAUGCCAUGAUAUACUGUUUACAUCUUGUUCAUGAGCUUUUUCACGUUUCGCCACCAAGUUAAAUAUUGGUUGAUUGUCAUCUGUCACAUUUGGAUCCUACAAACAUAAGUAUAAGUGGCUUUCAC